AUGAUUACGAAAUUUAUGACCGAGAUCACGGCCAAGUUCAACCCGUUUUCGGCAUGCGCCAAGCCAGCUCGACUGUUCCUCACGUUUCUGCCUCCGAAUGCCCGUGCCAACGGCACCUCGAUAACUACAACUCUUCUCCCUCGAAAUUCAAACGAGCCGAGCUCCCUGCGCGUCAAGUUCAAGGAUGGCAAGGAGCUCAAGUUUGACUGUGCCAAGAUCAACAUCAAGGGAGUCGUUGAGGAAGUCAACCGGCACUCUCGCCAGUUGCAAAAGGCAGCCGACUUGACCGAUUGA